AUGACUGUGGCGUAUGUUGUAUAUACUCCCGCUAUUGAUCGCCAUGCCGCAGGUUGGGACACUCAGGGGCAAGGCAGUGAGAGUGUGGACAGUCGUAUAAUGGAGGACGAGGAGAGGAGGAAAGUCUUGAUGCAGAGAAGUGUCACGAGUGUGGAUGUACCUGGGGCAGUUGGGGCAAAGAAGAAGGGCAAGAGCGUAGACAUCAAGCGUGAGUUCGCGAGGAAAGACAUCGAUUUCGCAGAGAAACGCAAGAAAGUUGACGAAGAACUCCAGAUGAUGCAGCGUGAAAUACAUGGGCGCAUACCAAGGCAUUUCAACGACAACAUGAGCAAGCAUCACCAGGCCUACGCUAGCUCUUCCACACAAAGACGAGAUAUAGCCAAGACACAAGCGGACCAGGUGCCUGAAGCGCACGGAGAGGAGCUGAUGUACCGGGUGAAGAAGAUUCUUGCAGAAUGCCAAGGGAACAGGGAGUAUCAGGAAAGCAUGACGUACCUCCUCGAUCGUAUCGACGAGUAUGCCCGAACUGGUCUACGUUCUCCAGAUUCGGCUGCAGCCAAUUCAGACGCUGUCGAUACUGGUUUGGGAGAAUACAACCUAACUUCGGACCCAGCCCUCCAGGAAGUCCUCUUCAGUUUAACCACCCUGCUCGAACGUAUCGCCUCCGGGAAACGGGUUGGCCUUAUUUUCAUCGCCAUCGACACUCUCUUCAUCGAAGCACAUGCCGACAACGAUUUUUGGACAUGGUUCUCGCACGACCUAUUUCCCUACGUACGCAAACUCUUACUUCAACCGGGUUACAUCCUCAAAUCCUUCGACGAUCCCACCAACGCCAACGCAAGCCCUUCCCCACCCAAGUCCCCCACUGCGAACCCUAUAUCCCUCGGCGCACACAGCACGCAGUCUGGCAACGUGAGAACAAGUAACGAAGCUGAAGAAGACGGACGCCGUGUACGAGAGGCUGGGUUCAAGUUCUACGGCGAUAGAUAUUUACAGCAGUUCGAAGCCUUGAGAGAGGUGCUAGUGGAUUGGGUGGAGGGUUUCCUGGAGGAUGAGGCGAACGAUAGGCUUUGGGAGGCGACGAGAAGAGUGUGGAGUGAUCUGCUCUAUUCGGGUGGCGAUGAAGAAACAGGUGAAGGUGCGGAAUUAGUGUUCAAGAGGCAGAUGUGGGCGGGAAUGGUCAAGGCAUUUGUUCCAAUUCUCGUUGCACAGGUGGACACAGUUCCUAUUCCACGUAUAGAGCUGUCGAUGCCUACCUUCGACCUCGUACUCGAGAACAUACUCCUAAAGAUCGACGCUCUCCUUCCCAGCUCCGUCACCAUCGAAGCUCACAAUUCUCUCUCUUUUUCCCCCUACUCGAGAACGUCGGAGUCUUCUACGAACUACCGAUAUACCCACUACGACGAACGGAAACACGAAUUUAAGAUUACAUUGGAGGGAAUAUAUAUCGAUGUCAAAGAUGUCGGUGUAUUCAUGAGGAAGAAGAAGAAAGAAAAUGCUCUUCCACUGCCAGUCCCGAAGAAGAUGAGGAAUAGAGUCAUCGAGGAGAGCUUAGUGGAUCUCGCGGUGGUCGGUGAGGGUAUCAAGGUCAUGGUACAUAUGGUCUUCAGCCAGAAGGCCACAGAUCCCCGGACCACAUUCACCAUCAAAGACGUGCAUGUUUCAAUCCCAGAUGUGCAGCUUGUCAUACGAGAUCUCCCCUUCUCUAGACCCACCAUCCCUUCCUCCGCCAGGAAGACCACCAAAGAACGAAACCCUGAUACACCAGUAACUGCGAUCCCGAAAUCUAAAUCCACUCUAUUCGUUCGUGCACGGGGAAAGAGCGUUCUUAGGCGAACGCUGAAGCCAAUCGCGGUGGCGAUCGUCAAGCGGAAGAUGAAGAAGGCAUUAGAAGAAGGCAUACGUGAUGGUGUGACGAGGCUGGUUGAUAUGGCUUUAGACUCGACGUCCAAUGAGUCUGUGGGCCCGAGGCACGAGAUGGAGAAGGAACGAGGAACUCGAGACGAGAGGUCGUGGAGUACCGCCACAUUAGGUCGUCUUCGCCGCAGGGGCGGUGGCGGCGAAGGUGGGGCAGGCGACGGUGGGGCAAGAAGGAAGGUACGGGUGGUACUGAGGAAGGAGGAGGCGAAAAUGAGGUGGGCGAAUUGGGACGGCGGUUGGGUGCAUAGGAUUCGAGAAGUCAUGCAGGGUCCGUUUCAACGUUCUGCAUAUCAGAAGAGCAAGGGCGAGGACAAGUGGAGGUCCAAUGCAUUUUCGAUCUCGAAGCGGUGA